ACAGCGAAUCAAUUGAUGCAUAAUCCCAUAUCAUGCUCCAAGUUGAAUGCGAACAAAUCCAAUCGCUAAGAUAACCCGCCUUUGCCGAAGACGCGACAUAGUCUCAAACUCGGCAUUCGCGCGUCCACACCUCACACGUCACCCCUCACCAAAACACUUAUCACCACCACAUUCUCUCGAUUGCUUUGGUUCGUCAUGAAGCUGCGACCUACACGGGUCUGUAAACCUCGCGCUCCUCUGCGACUGCAGUCGAAUUCAGAUCAAACAACCUCAGGACCGCGAAGACGAAGCUCCCGCCUACAAUCAAGGCAGUCCUCUGUAACAAUACCUCACCUCUUAGGGUCCCAAAGCCGUCUCGAACAAGGAACAAUAGAUCCUCCACCUUCACAGCUUGUCAGAGCGACCUCAUGUAUACGUGUACCAGCGUCGACCCCUCUUGAAGUGUCGGCACCUGUUCUUUCCAUAACACAGUUCCAAGAAAAUCCCUGUCCAUCUCAGACCCGUAACGACAAGACUCGGAAACGGAGAUCUGACAGAUCUGUCGAGACCUCUGCCGAAAGACCUCCAAAACGCACCCGUUUGACGGAGAAAAACCUGAAAGCGUUUGAAAAAAUGGGAGGACGACAAAGGAAAUCUGUCGGGAGGAGAUCUAGUGGACAAUCUUCUUCUACAACCACAACCACUGACAAAGACUUCGGCCCACAAUUGCAACGAAACAACGUCAUUUAUACUGCCCUCGACGCACGAGCUCCAGAUGACAUCGCAGAUGUUAGAGAAUCCUUAGACCGAACACGAGAAUCAGAACCUCCUGACCACUUGGCCUACAAACAGUACCUAGUGAAUACAGAAGGGCUCAACAACGAACUUACUUUGCAGAUUUCCGCUUACCCUCUAAUUGCGAAACGGACGUCGGCCGAGCAAGAAAUUUCAGGCUAUAUGCAGAGUGUCAAUUAUGCCUGGUCGGAAGUUGACAAUCACCUUACUACUGGUCUGAGUGAUGCCAAACCGGACAUUUUUGAGUCUUACCGUAAGACUGACUACCCUCCGGAAGCAGUCGAUGCGCUGUCAAGUGCAAUUGCUCCUACGGUAUAUAAUAUAGCGAUGCCGGCUUAUGCUGUUGAAUUCAAAGGUUGCGACGGGAGUAUGGCUGAAGCACAACUGCAAUGUGCCUACGAUGGGGCACUCAUGACGGAGGGAGCACGUGCUGUGCACACACAUAUGGACAAAUCCGAGGCCGGUUUUUACAGCAAAACACAGGCGCUUACAGUUGCAUACAAUGGUGACACUGUGAAAUUCUAUGGCCAUCACGCUAUACAGAUUCCUCCAUCGUCACAACCUCCUAGUGGUGGUGUCGACAACAGUGCAGAUACCAACAGCAACGCUCUUGCAUAUCAUCAAUAUGUCUUGAGUAGUGAUAAUCCUCGCGAUUCAUUCGAAAAUUUCCAAAAAGCAUACAAGCACACGAGGAAUGCUCAAGACAUUGGUUACAAGUGGGCAACUGAAAGGAAAGAUGCACUGUGGGCAUACACGAAUAGAGACAAAACACAAACUUCGCCCGAUGUCCCAACAUCUACGCCGCAACUGUCGAGCGAUCCCUUGAUUUCCAUCUCUUCAGUUAUACCAGGUGACUGCAACUGCGACGCCUAUGACCACGGAAUUUCGACAUCUGCGCAGCAACUGACGGACUCCUUGCCUCCCGUGUCUUCAGCGCCACCGGCCGGCUACAACUGUAACGCCUCUGACGACGAAGACCCAACUGACCAAUUACUUAGAGAAUCCUGGACGGUCAAUGGAGACGUUUCGCCUGAUGCUCAAACAUACAAUCCCAUAACCCCACCGCCAUCGUCGAAGGAUGUUUCGGUUCCAUUUGAGUCACAGCAACUGUCGUUACCCACGGUUACAGAGCCUGGGGACAUUGUUGACUUGAAUUCGCGUAGCCAUAGGAAGACUCGGGCCCGGACUCAUCAUGCUGUUGUCCUCGAAGAGCCAAGGGAGGUUAAUAAGACUAAGCCGCGAAGGACUCGCACGACGUAUUACGUCUCUUAACAGAGUCCAUACAACACUUUACUUUCGAUUUGCAGUCGCAGAAAUUUGUUGAGGGCGUGGUCCCACAUUCCAGCGCCAGCGUUCCCGUUCACGUUCCCUGCUCUGCAGGUUUUUUUUAUAGCUCCCAUCAAUUUCAUCAUGAUACCCUGUUAAGCUUUAUCAAUUAUCUAUACCCCAUUAUCACGAUUGUGCCCUGCGCACCCUCCAAGUCUUUGGAAUGAUCAAGCAUUUGGAAGCUACUCUUUGAUGCUGGUGCAUAUUUUGGGUGGGAUUCAAAAGUUUUUGUAGUAACGUUUAUUCAUUCUAGCUAAAGAUAAAGAACCCUUCCGACAUGAAAUCCCACUAAAUUCAGUCUCAUUCCAGAUAUUCUCAAUCAAGUUUACUUCAGUUCUCAGUCCAAAGUCGUGCUUAAUCAAUGCAGACCGCUUCAAACAUGUGAUCGUUGAGGGUGGAUGGAAGGUGCUUGGCAAGCCAAGGAGCUUAGGCUAGGAAGGUAGUAUGUACACGCAAGUGAUGGCUUUCAAAGCCACAAAGACGACUUCCCAGGAAAUACUGGCGACAAGACUAGGCUGCAGGGGAUAUCGUGACUACCCAGAAGACUGUUUCAUUGUGUUGAAAGGCCAACGACACGCCGAAUAAGGAAUUUCGAGCAAAGGUAGAGAA